AUGGCUGGACUUCUUCUUCUUCUCCUCCCCUCUCUCAUCCUCAUUUCCCUCCCUAUCCUCUACACUACUACUAUAUAUUAUACAAGCAGCAUCAGUGUUGCUGAGUCUUUCCUAAGCAACAUUUGGCACUUCUAUUUACUAGAAAUGGUUUGUGCAAAACUGUUUCGAUCACCGGGAAAAGACACCGUGACCAUGGAAAAAGUCCUGGAUUGCAAUCUGGGGAACGCACUCGAUUGCACCCGCGUCGGAGUACCAGCAAGUCAUGAUGUAAGAAGAAGUGUAUUCUAUAUGGGCCAGAAAAAUACAGUGAUUGCAGACGCCGCGGAGAAAGAUAUCCACGGCAUAGCCACAAUGGCCGCGCACGCAGAUACACAUGCCGCACUCUCGGAGAGGGAGGUCCCAUCGAUUCAGAACCCGGCCUUCUCUCGCUUCUGUCACGCCAGGAGGUACUCCAGUUACCCGGCUUACAGACUGGGUAAGAUGCAGCAGCAGGUUCCAUCGAUUCCGAUUCCUGGCCUUCUCUCGCCUCUGUCAUCCUUGACAGACUGCGUUGGACGGACGGGACGGCUCACACAGCCACAGUCUGAGCGAGAAGAAGCAGCAACAGGUUUCAUCUAUUCUGACGUGAAGCCAACCGUCCUCCCCCUGGAAACAAGCACUGACGACGUGCCGGUGAACACGGACAAGCCUCUCAGCGAACCCGGUCACGCUCGUGGAGGCGCACGACCAUCUAUCUGGAUUAGCCAGGUCCCUCCCUUUUCUUACUCCCCUGGCAGACUAUCAAACGUACAUAAGCUCGUGGUCAGGAAUAGUCUCUAUCUGGGGAGGUCUUCUCGCCGAUGACUAUGGCCUGGGGAAGAGUGUGACAACCCUAACUGCCUGCCAUUAACGAAGACAGAGCGACCAACAAUUAUCCACUGUUCCCUUCCUCAUCUUGUGUCCUGCUGCCCUAAUACACACAUAGUUCACAGAGCCCAGAAAGAGUGUUUCAAGUCAUCCUUUUCCACGCCAGGCCGCUCACACUGCCGAUCUGGCACACACAAGCAGGCGACCAUUUUCCUGCGUGCCCCCGCGUCUACCUAAUCGAGGAGAGAGGAAGUGAUCCAUUCAAGCCUGGUGUGACUUGUACUAGUGACCCAAACCGCGGUGGUCGGCAUGGCCGAUUUAUUUUUAUGGUAAGCGGUAAGCCCCAGCCAAAAACAACCAGCUUGCUAUUAAAGAUGUUGAGAUACUCAUG